AUGGCGCCUACAGUUGAUAGGAUCAGUUCUCUGUCCAACGAUAUACUCCAUCAUAUUCUCGAUUUCAUGCCCAUUAGAGAGGCAGGAAGAACUUCGGUUUUAUCAAAGCGAUGGAAAGAUGUUUGGGCUUCUACUCCUUGCUUGAAUAUUUUCGAGACGGAGAUGGACCCGAUAGAUCGAAGUAAGUAUGAAUGGCCGGCUGUAGUCGAUAAGGCACUUCUCCUCCACAAGGAAACCAUCCAUGGGUUUAAGCUGCAUGAGCCGGUCCAUCCCGAUGGUCAUAUCGAUGGGUGGCUGCGUUCUCUCUGUGGAAGAGGCUUGCAAGAUCUCACGAUCGAGUUCUUUCCUCUACAUGAAGAUAACGAAGCGGAGCGAUACAAGAUCCCAAGUUUUGUUUUCGCAUGUAGCUCAUUAGUCUCUCUUGAUCUAACAUGCUGUGUGCUGAGACUCCCAUCUGGUUUCAAGGGUUUUAAGUCUCUAAAGUUUCUCUCUUUAGAUAGGGUAUCCCUCCAUGAUACCAUCCUUGAGUCCCUAGUAUCUGGUAGCUCGCAUUUGGAGCACCUAAACAUCGAGGAAUGCAACGGCCUCUCGAAAAUCAAAAUUCAAGCUCCAAGUCUUUUGUAUUUACAUAUUUUUGGUGAUUUCAGGAACAUUAACUUGAAUAGGUGUAACAAUAUGAAGAGGUUAAGCAUUCACUUGUCAGAAAAUUCUUACCGAAAUAAUGAUCCAGGACGCAGGCUAGGCGAGUAUCUAAAGGGUCUUGUUCGAUUACAGUCACUGUACUUGCAUGGGUGGAGUUUGUGGUACUUGUUCAAGGCAAAUGUACCACAGAGACUCCCUUUGAUUAACAGGAAUCUAAGGGUAUUGGAUAUACUCAUUGAUUUGUGGGAAGAAAAGGAUGUCUUCGCAUUUGUUUGUCUUUUGAAAAGCUACCCUUGCUUGGAAGUUCUUGCCAUUGAGGCUUAUGAUGACACAAAUAGAGGCACAGAAAUUAUUGGAGAUUACUGGAAAAUGCUGGAGCAUUCUGGGCCUUGGUUGGGAUGCCUCAGAAAUGUUGGGAUCAAGAACAUUACAGGAAGUGAGCAUGAAAUACAAUUGAUAGGGUUCUUUCUCGCAAACACCAGAGAACUGGAGAACUUUUAUGUUUAUAUUGAAGAAGGAAUUGAACACAAAAGGCGAUUUAAGAUAGCAAAGCUAUUGCAUAAGUUCCCUAGAUCCUCUAAUCGAGCGAAGGUGCAUAUCAGUUAGACUCAAAAAAUUCAGAUACUUUAGACAAUUUGGGGGGAUUUUUUAUUUGGAUCCCUAGGGCUUAGACAAUUCGGGGUAUUCCAGAUAUGGAUCCCUAGUGCUUAAACAAUUUGGGGUUUUUCCUGAAUUGGAUCCCUAGUGCUUCAUUAUUACUGUUGUUGUUAUUUUGUUUGGAAAACAG